AUGGAGGGGAGUGGCGGGUCCGCGUCGCUGCCGCCGUUCCUCACCAAGACGUACGAGAUGGUGGACGAGCCGGCCACGGACGCGGUGGUGGCGUGGACGCCGUCCGGCACCAGCUUCGUCGUCUUGAGCCAGGCCGACUUCUGCCGGGAUCUUCUCCCCAAGUACUUCAAGCACAACAACUUCUCCAGCUUUGUGCGCCAGCUCAACACCUACGGCUUUAGGAAGGUAGAUCCAGAACAAUGGGAAUUUGCAAAUGAAGAAUUCAUACGAGACCAGCGGCAUCGGUUGAAAAAUAUCCAUAGACGCAAGCCAAUAUUCAGCCAUUCAUCACAUACUCAGGGUGCCGGACCAUUAGCUGAUAGUGAAAGGAGGGACUAUGACGAGGAAAUUGAGAGGCUCAAGUGUGAUAAUGCAUCACUGAAGUUACAGCUUGAAAGGAAGAAAACUGAUAUGGAGAGUAAAAUGAAGGCUUUGGAAGACAAACUAUUUGCUAUCGAGGAUCAGCAGAAAAAUCUUAUAUCUUAUGUCAGAGAAAUUGUGAAUGCACCUGGAUUUUUUUCUAGCUUCGUAGAACAAUCUGAUCAUCAGGGAAAGAAGAGGAGACUGCCUAAACCAAUUUCAUUCCAUGAGGAUACAAGUACUCAGGGGAACCAGAUUAUGCAUUGUGACUUGGUCAACUCACCAACUCAUGAACUUUUUAGGGCAUCAUUUGACAAAAUGGAAUCAUCCUUAAAUUCCUUGGAGAAUUUCUUCAAAGAAGCGAGCGAGGCAUUUCGUGAUGAUGUUUCAUAUGAUGGUGAUGUCCCAGGUCAUUCUUCAGCUGUUGUUCUUACAGAGCUCCAUUCAUCUGCGGAGAGUGAGCCCCUCCAUUCAUCUGCGGAGAGUGAGCCCCAUGAGCAAUCACCUCCGUCCAUGAUGCAUACUUGUUCAGCUGGUGUAGGAGAUUCACACUCUUCUCGCGAUAUAGCAGAGUCCGCCAGCUGUCCAGAGAGUCCUCCGCUUCCCGAAGCUCAUUCUCGUGCAGAUUCACGAGCUAAGGUCUCCGAGAUAGAUGUCAAUUUGGAACCUGCUGUUACAGAAACUGGUCCAUCGAGAGAUCAACAACCCACCCAAGACCCUCCUGCUGAUGCAAAUGAUGGAUUUUGGCAGCAGUUUCUUACCGAGCAGCCUGGGUUGUCCCAUGCACACCAGGAGGCCCAAUCAGAACGGCGAGACAGAGAAGCAAAUCAAACAACAGCAGGAGACCGCGGAAGUUUUUGGUGGGGCAAGAGCGUCGAACAGAUGACAGAAAAACUGGGGCAUCUCACCUCAGCUGAGAAAACCUGA